AUGCCCUUUGCCCAAAAACUCAAGUCGGGCACCAUUGACCUGUGCGACGAAAGCGGCACCACCGGCACAGUGAAAGGGAACAUCGCCAAAGUGCCGAAGCAUGAGCAUCAUCGGAACGAACUCAUGACAGAGCUACCCCCGAGCACAACAUCUUCAUCUAAGAAGAGAGUCAAGGCGGAGAGCGUGAAAAAAGAGCUCUCGGCGAAGAGCGUGAAAAGAGAGCUCCCGGCUGAGAGCAAGAAGCUUGAACCAAGUGGCAGAGGCUUUGCAUUCAAGGAGCUUUGGGCAGCUCACCAAGGCCACGGCACUUGCAGAGGGCGGCCCGGGCAGCCUUGUGUCUUUGGACAGUUGUCAGCAGCAGCUGGCGCCGCUCCCAGUGGUCACUGCGAUCUGUGCGACAAGGACAUGAUUGUUCAACUUCACAAGUGUUUGUCCAUGCGGCUUACACAUUUGCUCCUCGGCUUGGACGUAGGCAGUGCCAAUCAAGCUUUCCAAUACGUGCAAGAAGCUCUGGGCUCGGACGUUGCUGCCGAUUAUCAAGCUCGCGUCCAGAGAGCUCGUCAGCGCAAAGAUCCAGCUCGACCGCGACGAGGCAGUCGACCUCGACGAACCAAGGAAGCAACUGAGGCAAUUGAACCAAAGCCUUGCUCGGGUCGAGAAGGCCACGGAUGCAUCUUUGGCGUUGAUGGUGCGGCCUUGGCGACGACCUCGGACCGCUGCGACAUCUGCUGCAACAAGACUUUGAAGGGCAUGAUCGAGCAAGCACCGGAGAAGAUGACAAAGCUCCUGGCUGCUCUCGAACCGGCGGCUUUGCAAAAAGCCUUGGAGUACAUUGAGAAAGAUUUCCAGAAUUCCGUUGCCAAGGACUUCGAAAGUCGAGUCGCUCGAGCUCACCGUCGUCGUGAUCCCGCUCGCCCGAAGCGAGCGCCCAGAGGGUCCUACAAGAAAGGCAAGCACUGA